AUGUCCGAAAGAAAGGCAAUCAACAAGUAUUACCCACCCGACUAUGACCCGUCAAAGGUUAUCAAGAAGAAAAAGAAUCCAAAUCAGACGAUAAAGAUUCGUAUGAUGGCACCGUAUUCAAUGCGGUGCUUGAGAUGUAACGAAUAUAUUGCUGAAAGAAGAUCAUUCAAUGCAAGAAAAGAAGUCACCUCAGAACGAUAUUUGAACAUCAAGAUUGUCCGGUUCUACAUCACAUGUCCCGGUUGCAACAAUACAAUCACUUUCAAGACAAAUCCUGCUGAAGCGGGGUACACACCAGAAGAAGGGGCCGUCCGGAAUUUCGAGCCUUCGAAAAAGAAAAGAAAACAGGAAACUGAAGAUGAUUUAUUGAAGCGAUUGGAGCAGGAAGAAGAGGAGGAUAUAAAGUAUCAGCAAUUGAUGAAGAAACGUAAAAACAACCCUUUCUGGAAGGAACAAGAUGAGACUGGUGGUGAUGUGAUGGAGAAAUUCGAAAAGAGAUUGAUUGAACAACAGCGACAGCAAGAGUUGACUAAAGAGUUGGAGGCGAUUCAACAACAAGUUGAAUCUAGUAAUAAUGGUGAAGCAUUGUCAAAGCUACUUAAAGGUGCCAAUGGGGAGACAGAGCAGAAGACAGGGCAGGACCCAGAGCAGAAGACAGGGCAGGGCCCAGAGCAGAAGAUAAGGCAGGACCCAGAGCAAGAUGCAAAGACUAUUUUUUCUCCCACUAUCCGAUCAAAAAUCAUUAUUCGGAAAAAGACAGCCGCUCUACCUAAUAUAGACUACAGCAGCGACAGCGAUUAA